UCGACCCUUACGAGCCAACCAGCAUCCGUUGCGAACACCAAAAUAACUGGGCAGCCUCAGCCCUAGUACUACCACGUACGACGACAAGAACUCCCUAACACGCAGAGAAUUCAUCAUCACUUGGUGCUUGGACUGGGAUUCGUCAUGGCUCGGGUGGAAAGCCAGUAUGUUCGGUUCUAUAGAUAAUGCAGGUCUCGCCCGCCUAGAGAUCCGGCUCCCACUGUUCAACAACCAAUCUUCUUCUCGACCAGCCAGGUUCGCUCAACUACUUACCAGACAAUAUGCAACUACGCUAUCUGAUCGCACUCGGGACAUUGUCCUCUCUCGCUGCUGCUCAUCCCGGCCCCGCUGCUGAUCUACCCUCAACAUGGGCUCCCACCUCAACUGUCACCGUCACCGUACCUGUAGCCACCCAAACGGCCGAUGUCAACAACCUCAAGGCCCACGCGAAACGCUUUCAUGGGGACUGGGUCAUUCAGAAGCGAGCCUCGACGACUGAGGAGACAUCCUCUACCACCUCUGAGUCGACCACCUCGACGAGUUCAACGUCAACGACGAGCACGACGGAGUCAACCACCUCCACCACCUCUACCACUUCUUCCAGCACCACGGAAGCCACUACAAGCUCUACCACCUCCACAGUCUCCUCCACCACCUCUACAGCAAGCAGCACCACCUCGUCAAGCACGACCACCUCCGCCACCUCACAAUCCACUACCACUGCAGCAACCACCACGACCAAGACCACGUCGACAGCCUCAACCACCACCUCAACCGCCUCGGCCACCAACUCCGCCAGCGCUGCCAAGGCUGCCUACAACCGCCGCGGUGAGAUUGCUGCCAUCGUCACUUUCACCAUCCUGAUCCUACUUUUCAUCGGCGUCGCCGCAUUCAUGUGCACGCGGGAUAAGCGCAAGAGAAGACGCAUCGAAGCCAGGGCAGCCGCCAAGGCCGCGGACUACUCGAUGGUAUCCCUGACCGAGGGCGCGCGACCGCAGAGCGAGGCCAAAUUUGACCGAGCGUCGGUGAUGUUCGCGACGGCACCCUCCCGCAGUGAACUGGGCUUGAGCACUCCAUUAACGCGUCCCUCUUCUAUCGCGACGAGUGAAGUCUUGCGCCAGAGCCCGACCCCGGCGGCUGCCCCGGAUACUCCGCCAGAAGCGCAGCACCGCGCUGGGAAUUUUGUGUGAUGUAGUCGAGAAUCAUAAGAUCUAGCAUGACUCGUGCGCAUGUUGGCGUUCUUUGUUGGGUUGUUUUUUUUUUUUUUUAUAAGUUUGUUUGUGAGCGAAUUCUCCUCGUACGAGUCUUUAGCG